AUGAAUGCAUUUUUUGAUGGUUAUGUGAAAUCGUCUACCUCAUUGAAAGAAUUUGUGGAUCAAUAUGAUAACGCUUUGCGUAGGAAGGUUGAGGUUGAGAAUGUCGCUGAUUUCGAUUCUUUUCAUACCACGAUUUCAUGUGUAAGCAGGUAUCCCUUUGAGAAGCAAUUUCAAAAAAUGUACACACAUGCAAAGUUCAAAGAAGUUCAAAAGGAGAUUUCAGAGAUUAUGUAUUGUGGUUGCUCUUGUUUAGAAAGUGAAGGUGGAAUUAAUACCUACCAGGUGAUUGAAAAGGUAGAAAUUAGUGAUUCCUACAUUAAGAAAGUAUGCUUCACUGUUUACUAUAAUGGAGUUUCAUGUGACGUGAAUUGUAGUUGUCAUUUGUUUGAAGCAAGAGGAAUUUUGUGCAGACAUGCCAUGUCUGUACUGACUAUAUGUGAAGAUGUGAAAUUGUUGCCCGAUAAAUACUUUCUAAACCGAUGGAGGAAGGAUUUGGAGCGGCCAUAUAAAUUAAUCAAAAGUAGUUAUGAUCCUUUGAGUGGCAACCCUACUGCAGAUCGAUAUGCUGAACUGAGCAAAAAUAUGUUGAAGUUAGCCGCAAUCGUAGCACCAAACGUGGACCAUUGCACGGAAGUGCAAAAUUAUGUUGAUAUGUUAACUAAUAAAUUUAGUGGUCCAAGAUGUGAACAAAGUCCAUCUUCCCAAUCACUUCCAAGUGCAAAAUUGCUCCCAAGUGCGUCUAUGACUAUGACUGGUGAUGGAGUAGAGGUGUGUAGUCCUCUCGUGGCUCAUACUAAAGGGAGAAAACCAUCGAACAGAAAGGUGUCCGCAGUUGAAAAAGCGGUCAAAAAGUCUGCUGCAUCAAACAAGAGUGCCACAAAUCCCAAUCAGCAGAGGAAACAACAGAGGAAAAAAAAACAGCCAUGCCAAAGAUCACUAGUAGAUGAACUAGACACAAGUGAAGAUCCGUUCACUUUUGUAACUGAUGUUCCGCAUGACCAAGUAAUUGGAACUCAUAGUAGUGUUGUUACACAGACUUUUGGGAAUACACAGCCAUCAUGUCCUGUUGAAGGAGAUUUUAUAUACUUGUCGUAG